CAAAAUCGUCCUAAGUUCUAAUGCUGCUAUUACCAGGUUGUUUAAGUUAGCUCUAUGUGCUCCUAUCUAAUAAAAUAUAAAUAGGAUGAGAGAGGAAUAGGAUAUAAACUUUUAUUGAAAUGCCUUAAAAUAUCCUUCCACAGCUAAGAAAAAGAGAAUGAGAAAGUUAUUAGAGGCACAAUUCCUUAAAGUCACUACACCAUUCGAAAGGCUUAAUAUUAGUUUCAAAGGGCCUUUAUCGUCCAUAAUUUCAUAACCAAGUUUGAAACUCAUUAUAUUUACUCUUAUUAGUUAAUAUUUAGUCAAUUUUUUUGUGAUUUUAUUCAGUAUAUACUAUACUGUCUGCCUAAGUAGUAAGUUAGUUAGUUGUACUCUAUGGUUAUAUUGUUGUAAUAUUUUGUUUUUCCUUGAUACUUUUGUUUAGUAUUAAAAAAGUGUAAUUUCAAUUUUUGUAGAUCCUACUUAUUAAAUUAUUCAUAAUUCACAAUAUCAUUCGUGAGGUACGAUAAAUAUCUAUAUACAGGACUUUUUACGAUAGUUUGAAUCAUUGGAGAGAAAGAGUUCCAGACAAGCUUUUAUUAAAUUUAAUAUACUAAAAUGCUUGACAAAAUCUUAUACAAUACUGUAUUAUGCCAAAGUUUCUCACCUUGUGGUAAAUAUUUAGUAGCCGGUAAUAUAUACGGUCAAUUAGCAGUUUUUGACUUAGAUUGUAUUUUUAAUCCAAACCCAGAGCUACUAUCACCAGACUACAAUAAAGCUAAACAAAUUCAUACCCUUGAUUCAGGCAAACAAAUAUGUAGUCUUGUAAGUACUAAAAAGUUUUUAAUAGCUGGAACAGUCAAUGAAAUUUAUGGUUGGGAUUGGAAAUCUGUCCUCAAUGUGAAAUUAUGCAAACCAGCAUGGACCAUGCGGAUAAAAUCAGAAUCAAUAGUACAAUGUGAUAUUAAUUGCCUUUGGCUGACUGACAAUGAAGAGAGGUUGUACGCGGGCUGUGGUGACAAUAAAGUGUAUGCUAUUAACUUGGAAGAUGGUAGCUUGGUACAGACAUUAAGUGGACAUGACAACUUUGUGCACUGUGUGCAUGGCAAUAAUACUACACAACUCAUUUCCGCUGGUGAAGAUGGCUUAGUUCUACUCUGGGAUUUGAGAACUAGCAAAUGUCAAAAUAAAAUAGAACCAUAUAAGAAUAGUAAAGUUGCUAGACCUGAUGUGGGCAAGUGGGUUGGUGCAGCAUCACUAAGUGAUGAUUGGCUUGUAUGUGGCGGAGGCCCACGUCUUGCGUUAUGGCAUCUACGCUCUUUGGACGCUGUUACAGUCUUCGAUAUCCCCGAUCAUGGCAUUCAUGUGGCGUCUUUCCUUGACGAUUGUGUUCUAGCGGGAGGAACGGCCCAACAUCUUUAUCAGCUCAGCUACUCUGGAGAUGUUAGAGUUGAACUGCCUGUGUCUUCAACAACCGUGUACUCUGCCAUUGUACGGACAAGCCCAAAUAAAGUUAUAUCCAUUGCUGGUUCUAGUACGGACAUUGAUCUGUGUACUUCGUUUAAUUAUAGGGAUCAAGUGUUACAUUUUAGAUGAUUAAAUGAUUUUGCCUA